AUGAGUGCCAACCCACAGUGGGAUGUCAGCAAGGCUUUGUCAGUGGCCCGGCUGUUCCACCUUCUGUGUGGUGCCAGGGAUGCUUGUGUGGCCCCCUUCCUGACACUCUACCUGAGGCAGCUGGGCCUUGCGGCCCCCAGGGUGGGUAUCCUAAUGGGCACUAAGCACUUGAUUGCCACCACCUGGGCCCCGUUGUGCUCCUUCCUAGCCAAAAACUAUCAGAAGAGGAAGUUGCUCCUGACAGGAUCGCUGCUGGGCUCAGCAGCUGCCGGGCUGCUUCUGACCCUCGUGAAUCCCCUAGACAAGGAUCUGGUGUAUCAGUAUUGUAAUGGCAGCAACAGCCUGGCUGCUGCAGGGAUGCCACCCCAAAUGAUGCUCCCUAUCAGCCCAACCCUGGAAAGAGAAUUGGCCCCAGACCAUUCAACUAGAGUAAAGAGCUUUACAAGAUUCAGGAGCCCUGGGCAAGAGUUGUCUUCUAGCUUCCCAAUUAGACCUCUCAGAAGUGACAGAGAAACCAUCAUUCAAAAAGAGCCUUUCACAACUCUGUCUGCCCUUCCAGGAGCCUAUUUUGAGAAAGCUAGGAUAACAGUCCAGACAACUCUCCUUCCUUCGAUGGAUGAAGUACUUGAAGUGGAAGCCUCCCCCAGGAAGACACAAAGGAGUCUAGUUAGCCCUUCUAACUCAGGGGUGAAGGUGGAGAAAGAUGAGCCCUGGAACAACACGUUUGGAACAAUGGGCCCUACUUUACCUCUGCUUCACGUAGUCUCUGAACUAGAAACUCCAGGUACUCAGGCGAAUCUGUCACUAGCUGAAAGGACAAGAGCCCAGGACAGGAGCUUAGCCUUCUCUUUGGAAGGAGAGCACUGGAUCUUUCUUCUUUCUAUGAUGGCAGUGCUAUUCUGGGAGCUUCUGUCUGCCCCUCUGGGGCCUGCUGCUGCUGAUAGCCUCUAUGAAUAUCUGGAUUUUGUGGAUGCCACUGACUGCUACAGAAAGCUCUGGGUUUGGAGAUUACUGGGCAUGUCUAUAGGAGUGUGCACUGUCCCCGCCUUGUUGGGUCAGCUAGACUGUUUCCUGACAAGGGACACCCCCCGGGGGGUAGUGCACUUCUAUGUCUACACCUUGCUCAGCAUAUUGGCCUUGCCAGUUAGCUUCGCUAUUCCUAUUCCUAACUCCAAGAGGAGGGAACCGAGCCAUAAAGCCAUCAAAACACUGAGCCUCAUUGGAAGUGACUGCCUCCUUGUCCUGUUGGCUGCCACAGUUUUCUUGACUGGAGCUGCAGUGGCUAAUGUAGAGAAUUUCCUCUUCUGGCAGAUGCAAGACCAAGGUAGUAGUGAGUUGAGCAUGGGGCUCUCUGUCACCCUCAGUUUGGUGGGUGAGAUUUUAUUGCAUCCCUUCAAAGCUAAGAUGCUCAAGAAUCUGUCUAAUUUGGGGACACUGGGGCUGGGGCUGGGCUGCCUCUCUGGGCAGCUUCUCUAUUACUCUUUACUUUGGAGCUGGUGGGCAAUAUUUCCUGCUCAGGUUUUUGGUGCCAUCAGUAAUGGAGCCCUGUGGUGGGCAGUGGAUGCUUUAGUGGAAGACCUAGUGAUUCCUGGCACAGAAAGGUCUCUGAGUGUGAUGCUGAGAGGCCUCUUUUAUGGGAAUGGGGCAAUCCUGGGGAGCUUUGUAGGGGGCUUUGUGGUACAUCACUAUAGCCUGGCUGUGCUAUAUAAGACUUAUUGUGUGGUUCUGUCCCUUUGGUUAGUUUUGUUCAUGGCCAUCCAGGCAAAGCUUCCCCAACAGAGAAAAAUCAAGUACUCAAAUUUACUGGCCAUGGAUACUGCUGAUGUCAGUGAUUCUGAGGAAGGGGCUGAAGGGGACUGGCUUAUAAAAGCUAUGAGAGAUGAAUAUUUGACAGGAAGGGCUGAUAACAAAUAG